AUGCGUGGUAUCUCACUGAGGCUGGUGUUGCUUUUAUUAUUAUGGAUAGUAAGUCCAGAUUGUUUAGCGAAUACUAACAAAACGGAAAGAGCUACUAAAAGUCGAUCAAGAUCAUCUUGGCGCUUAGUGAUAUGUCUGUCGCAUUCUCAGUCUCCAACGAGAACGGACGUCCAACAAGCAUGGGAACAAGCAAGACUGGAGUCUAUUCACAACGAUUUGGAAUUGUCAUACAUCGAAGGGCGUAUGACAUCAUUAUCAGACUCACAGUCAAAUCCAUUGGCUCUUAUCAAUAAAUUUUGUACGGCUAUUGAAGAUGGAAGAAUUAUAUUAAAUCUUGUUAUUGGUGGAGGAGCCGCUGCAAGAUUUCUUAUGACAGCUGGUGCUUCCCUUAAUAUUCCAUCACUUUGGUUACCACUAACACACAGAGACUUUCUCAGACAGGGUAAGCUUGGACGUUUUGAAACUCGACUUGGUUCUGGAUCUGAACAAAUGGGUGCGGCUGCUAUUGCAUUGAUGGAUAAAGCACACUGGCAUGCAUUUACACUUUUUAUUGAUACAACACUAUUACCAAUUCAUCAUUUUGUACCUAAAAAUCAUGAUAAAUUACUACCAAGAAAAACAAUUUAUCUACCGACUAGUGAAAAGAGUCUCAAAUUAAGACUGAGAAAAGUUUCUGAUGAAGGUGGAAGUGGCAGCGUAAUUGUAUUAGCUUGUGAUUUAAAUGAAGCUAAAAAAAUUUUCAUUAUUGCCAACAAAUAUCAAAUGCUCAAUGGUCGAUUUCUCUGGUUAUGGCUGGAUUUAAAAUCGGAAUUAAGACCUAAUGAACCGAGUUUAAUUAAUUCUAAUAUUAUGUAUAGUUCUUUAACGUCAUCAUCAGUUAAAAUAGAAAAUAGUCCACCAGUUAAUAUGAGAACGACAAGACAUACGAGUGGUUAUUUUUUAAAUGAUAAAAUCCAUUUACCUUCAUUGUCUAAUUUAGCAAAUGACAUUCAUAAUCUUCAGGAAUAUCAGUGGUGGGGUGAAAAGCCAAUAAAAAAACGUGAAGAUAAAACAUUUACGUUUGACGAUGAUGAAGAGGUGCGUAUGAGUGAUAAAAAUCUUAAUUCAAAAACUUUUAUGCCCGUCGGUAUGCUCGCUCUCAGGCCAUCGAGCAUGAGGAUAGCCGGUGGUGAUGCUUUACUAUCACGAAUGUUAAGAGAAACGUCUCAAGCACUAGAUAAUACUUUUUUGGAGUAUAAAUCGUCGUUAAAUCGCUUAAGGGACACGCAGAUAAAAGAGUACUUUUUUUCCACAUGUUUUUUUACAUCAGAUAAUACAUCAAUUCCCGAGAUAAAAGAAAAUAUUUCUAAAAGUUUGACUAAGAAAUUGAGAGAAUCAAUGCGCCAGAUAUCUCAUGACAAAGCAGAAUUUCAAUUAUUAAAUUUACAAGCUGUACAAUUUCCGGGAAAUAAAACUCAGUUAAGAUGGACUAAAGUUGGUUCAGUGAGAGGAGGUAAAGACGUUAGAAUAGAUACAAUAACUUGGCCAGGAGGUGGAAUAGUGCCUGCUUACAUGAAACAGAAUGGGGAAAAAGUUGGAAUGCCGUGGUAUCAAAUUGUAACAGCAAUUGCCCCACCAUUUAUUAUGGUAACAAAUUUGCAACAGCAACUGUGCUUAAGAGGAUUACCUUGUCGUAAAGGAGAUACAAUCAAAUGUUGUUAUGGUUUUACCAUAGACUUAUUGUCAUUGAUUGCCAGAGAAUUAAAUUUUCGUUUUGAUUUAUAUAUUGCACCAGAUGGCCUGUUUGGCAGAAAAAAUGGACUCAACGGCACCUGGAAUGGUGUAAUUGGAGAAUUAUUACAUGGUCGAGCUCAAUUGGCUUUUGCGCCAAUAAGUGUCUCAGCAAGACGUGCAGAAGUUAUUGACUUUACAAUUCCUUAUUAUUUUAGUGGUGUUAGCUUUUUAGCUGCUCCAAAAACUAAUUCCCAUAUUUCACUAUUGGCAUUUCUGUUACCUUUUAGCACCAAUUUAUGGAUUGCGAUAUUUACAUCACUCAAUGUUACAGCAGUUGUAGUUGCACUUUUUGAAUGGCACAGUCCAUUUGGAUUGAAUCCAUGGGGUCGACAGCGUAAUAAAAAUUUUUCAAUGGCCUCAGCACUUUGGGUUAUGUGGGGAUUACUUUGUGGACACCUUGUAGCCUUUAAAGCACCCAAGUCAUGGCCUAACAAAGUUCUUAUCAAUGUAUGGGGUGGAUUUUCGGUAAUCUUCGUAGCCUCUUACACCGCUAACAUAGCUGCUCUUAUAGCCGGUCUUUUUUUCCAUUCAUCAGUCAGUAACUAUCACGAUCGUAGUCUAUUAUUACAAAAGGUCGGCGCACCACGAGCGUCAGUUGCAGAAUAUUAUGUGCAAAAAGCCAGUCCUGGGUUAUGGACUCAUAUGUCUCGCUUUUCUCUCUCGGAUGUUGCUGAAGGCGUUGAACGAUUACUUAAUGGCAGCUUAGAUAUACUGAUAGCAGAUACACCAAUAUUGGAUUACUAUCGAGCGACCGAUGAUGGCUGUAGACUGAGUAAGAUCGGUGAAACAAUUAGUGAGGAUACAUACGCUGUUGCUUUGACCAAGGGUCAUCCUCUUCAAGAAAGUAUUUCGAAGGUCAUUGCAAAUUAUACAGCUAACGGCAUGUUAGAUAUUUUACAAGAAAAAUGGUAUGGAGGCCUACCAUGUAUUCCCGGACAAGAAGGAAGAGACGCAGUUUUUGGUUCAGGUUCUGGAGGCCACCCCCGACCUCUUGGUGUUAGAUCCGUAGCGGGAGUAUUUUGUUUAUUGGGCUUGGGUAUUGCCGUGGGAGGAAUUAUACUUGUGGGAGAAUAUUUGUUUUUUAAAUACACCCUACCAAAUUUACGACAUAGACCGAAAACUUCUAUUUGGCGAAGCCGCAAUGUUAUGUUUUUUUCACAGAAACUUUAUAGGUUCAUAAAUUGUGUGGAGCUGGUAUCACCUCGUCAUGCAGCUAGAGAGUUGGUUCACACCGUAAAGCAAGGUCACAUAACAUCGUUAUUUCAAAAAAGUGUUAAAAGGAAGGAACAUGAGCGGCGUCGACGUAAGAGCAGAGGCCAAUUCUUUGAGAUGAUUCAAGAAAUUCGUCGAGUACAACAAGAAGUGAAAGAUGAUGCUAAUGCAAAGGAAUUGGAAGCAACUCGAGCAGCCAAAAAAGAAGAAAAAAAUACUAAAGAAAAGGAACGUAGUCGAAGUAAAAGUCCACUGAUGCCUUUAAGCCCUAAAAGACCCGAAAAAAGUAGAAGCUCAAUAAAUUUGUCCAGCUCUCGACUUGGUUUGUCGCCAGUUAAUUUCGAUACACCGAUGAAACCCCGUGAGUUUACAUUAAGCAGUACAAAUCUUAGGGUACGCAGUCCACUCGAAACAGUAGGAAGAAGAUUGAGUCACGGAGAUGAUGGAUCACCGCCACCUCGCCUCAGUACACCCAGUUUUGGUGGAAGUGCAACUCUAAGGCCAGCACCUAUUAAAUCAGAUUCCAUUAGUGGUGGAGUACCUACUCCAAAGUACUCACAUAGUCCCGCAAAACGAGGUCAGUCUUUUCCAGCUUUUGCAACUCUCAAACGACCACCUCCACCACCAACAACAGCAUAUCCAUCUAGUAGUCAUCAUGUGAUAUCAAAAAGUCCUCUUUUAUCACCAAACAAUGAGCAAUCUGCUGUAAUCGGCCGCAAGCUGUCUAGAGAAUGGGGAUCAGGAACAAUUGAUCUAAGUCGAUCCUCGGAAGCAAUCGGGUCUUUAUCUACAUAUAACCUCAGUCAAGAGAAUACAUUCAAUACUGAGAGGCCAACACGUAAAAAGAGUCAAGAAGAUCUCUUGGCAUUAAAUAAAAAGCCUGUGAGACGUGCGCGUAGUCAUGAAAAUCGUGAUACAAGUGGUAAAUCAAUCAAUAAUUCACCAUCACCAAGACUAAUGGCUCAACCCUCAGUAGGGGGUAGAUCUGUCAGUGAACGUACGAAGAAACAACUCGAGUCAGAGCUUAAAGCUAUUUUGACUGCUAGAGCACAUCAUCGGGAUCUACAUCCUCCUUGA